AAAAAAGUUACCUCUCUUUAGAGCUGAUCUGUUCAGAGAGUGAUUGAUUUCAGAACUUAGAGGGUUUCAAGUUUCACAGAGAUGAACUUAGACAAUGACUGCAGCAUGUCAGUCAGUUGUGGCAAUGGGAAACUUAGACAAUGGCUGAUUGAUCAGGUUGACAACGGAAAGUACCCCGGAUUGGUUUGGGAGAAUGACGAAAAAACAAUUUUCAGGAUCCCCUGGAAGCACGCGGGAAAACAGGACUAUAACCGAGAAGAGGACGCCGCGCUCUUCAAGGCAUGGGCACUGUUCAAAGGAAAGUACAGGGAGGGGGUUGAUAAGCCGGACCCCCCAACGUGGAAAACCCGGCUACGAUGUGCGCUGAACAAAAGCAAUGACUUUGAGGAGCUGGUGGAGAGGAGCCAGCUGGACAUUUCUGAUCCGUACAAAGUUUACCGGAUCAUUCCCGAGGGCGCAAAGAAAGGGGGAAAACAGAUCAGCGUGGAGGAGCCCUCGGCGCACAUGAACACGCUGAGCUACUCCGUGCAUCCUUCCUAUCCUCCACUGCAGACCCAGGUUCCCAACUACGUGGUGCCCCAUGAGAGGAGCUGGAGAGACUACACCCCCGAGCAGCCCCCCCUUCCAGACCUGCAGUAUGGCCAGUGCCCCUACCCACCCCGGACUCUACCCUGGCAGAGCCCAGGGCUGGAGAAUGGGUACCAGAUAACCGGAUCCUUUUACGCGUGCUCGCCCACCGACUCCCAGCCCCCCGCCUUCUCCCUGGACCCCAGCAUGAGAUCGGCUGAGGCCAUGGCCCUGUCUGACUGCCGCCUGUACGUCUCCCUGUUCUACCACGAGAUGCUGGUCAAGGAAGUGACCACCACCAGCCCGGAGGGCUGCCGGAUCUCGUCCUGCCCGGAGGACAAGCCCUACGGCAGCGUGGACCACGUGGUCUUCCCCUUCCCUUACCCGCAGUCCCACAGGAAAGGGGUGGAGAAGCUGCCCAACGCGCUGGAGCGGGGCGUGAUGCUGUGGAUGACCCCGGACGGGCUGUACGCCAAGCGGCUGUGCCAGAGUCGGAUCUUCUGGGAGGGGCCGCUGGCCCCCUACGCCGACAAGCCCAACAAGCUGGAGAAGGAGCAGACCUGCAAGCUGUUCGACACUCAGCAGUUCCUCACUGAGCUCCAGGGUUACGUGCACCACGGGCGGCCCAUGCCCAGGUUCCAGGUGGUUCUGUGUUUUGGGGAUGAGUACCCCAACCCCCAGCGGCUAAGGAAGAUGAUCUCAGCCCAGGUGGAGCCCAUGUUCGCCAAACAGCUCCUCUACUUCACCCAGCAAACCAGCAGCCAUUUCCUCCGGGGCUACGACUUUCCAGAGCACAGCUUACCCCCAACGGAGGACUACCAGCGGAUCAUCCACCAGGAGUGACCUGCCUGCCCGUCACCCUGGCCCCCCCAGCCCUGGGGCUGAUGCUCCUCACCUCCCCACCCCAGGGAUGGGUCACCUUAACCCCCACACCCCUGGGCCUGAUGCCCCUAACCUCGCCACCCCUGGGGCAGGUCACCCUAGACCCCCCAGCCCUGGGGCUGAUGCUCCUCACCUCCCUACCCCAGGGAUGGGUCACCUUAACCCCCACACCCCUGGGCCUGAUGCCCCUAACCUCGCCACCCCUGGGGCAGGUCACCCUAGCCCCCCCAGCCCUGGGGCUGAUGCUCCUCACCUCCCUACCCCAGGGAUGGGUCACCUUAACCCCCACACCCCUGGGCCUGAUGCCCCUAACCUCGCCACCCCUGGGGCAGGUCACCCUAACCCCCCCAGCCCUGGGGCGGAUCCGGUUCCGGAAACAAGGCCUGAGAUGCCUGAACAUUACUGAGGGCGGUUUUGGGGGCGGAGUCUCGUCCCACCACUAAAGCAAAGGUCUCCGACACCUGGGGAAAUACCUGGACUGAACCAACGAGGGCUCGGACCCUCACAGAAGCCGAACACAAACUCACUCUUGUCUGCGGAAAACGUAGAGAAUGAGAUGCCAUCUCUCUCUCUCUCUCUCUGUCUGUCUGUCUGUCUCUCUUCCUCUCUUUCUGUCAUUCCUCUCUCUCUUUCCCUAGCAAUCUGCUAAAUUCUACUGUCAGACAAGUGUGAAUGGAAAUGUAGUUCUUCUCUCUCUCUCUCUCUCUCUCUCUCUCUCUCUCUCUAUCUCUCUCUCCUUCCGUCUGUUUCAAGUGUACUGUAGGAUCCAGAAGAACUCCGUCCCUCUCUUGAAUCUGCCGCCAAUCAUUGUGUUGAACUCCUUUCUCAGCAGCCAAUCACUGAAGUACCCUCAGGUUAAAGGCGCGUCUGAGUUGUUUCUCCGUGUGUGUUACGUGUGUGUGUGUGUGUGAGUGUGACCCUCAGGGCCAGCCCUUUGUUGUGGAAUUGUGUAAAUACUGAACCUGAGAUUAUCUGCCUCUUUUUUGUCUACUAUCAGGAUCCAUGACUGACACCACGAGAGCCUCUUUUCUGAUACACAUAUGUGUGAAAAAAGCUAUGACUUGUCACCGUACGAAACAUGUAUUUUUAAUGAAUAAAUUUUACAAAAAAGGCU